AUGGGCAAGCUUCUGCGGCUAGAGCUUUUCAACUUCAAGUCCUACAAGGGCCACCACACGCUCUUGUUUGGCGAUUCAUAUUUCACCUCAAUCAUCGGUCCAAAUGGCUCCGGAAAGUCCAACUCCAUGGAUGCCAUCUCCUUCGUCCUCGGCAUUAAGUCAUCCCACCUUCGAUCAAGCCACCUCAAGGACCUGGUGUAUCGGGGCAGGGUCAUGAAAACAUCAAAGAUCAACGAAGAUGGCUCAGCAGCGGCCCCGGAGACGAAUGGUCAGACUAAUGGGUACCAGAACGGGGAGGACGACGAGUCGCAUAAGGCGUCAAGGGGCGACCCCAAGACUGCCUGGGUUAUGGCGGUCUACGAGGACGACGCUGGCGAUGAGCAGAAGUGGAAGCGCAGUAUCACGAACCAGGGUGCAAGCGAGUACAGGAUAAACGACCGCGUCGUCACUGCUCAGCAGUACAACGAAGCUCUCGAGGCUGAGAACAUCCUCAUGAAAGCCCGCAACUUCUUGGUCUUCCAGGGCGAUGUCGAAGCUAUCGCUGCGCAAUCGCCACAAGAUCUCACCCGCUUGAUCGAGCAAAUCUCUGGAAGCCUGGAGUACAAGGCCGAAUACGAGCGGCUCAAGGUGGAGGAAGAACAGGCCACGGAAAACCAGAGCUUCCAGCUGAACCGUAGGCGGGGUAUCAACUCAGAAAUCAAACAAUACCAGGAGCAGAAAAAGGAGGCAGAGAACUUCCAGAAGAAGACAGAGGAGCGCGAUGAUGCCGUCGUCACUCACAUUCUGUGGAAGCUGUAUCACUUCCAGCGUGUCAUGGACGAGUCCAGUGCCCAGAUCCAGGAGCAUCAAGACAACCUCAAAGAGUUUCGACGCAACGUGGAGACCUUUGAGAAAAAGCUUGAGGCCGCUCGACGCGAUCAAGCCACUAUCGGCCGGGAGGUCAGCAAGAUCGAGAAGAACAUCAGGCAAAAGGAGAAGAGCAUCGAAGACAAAGAGGCGAGUCUUGUGCCCAUCGAUGAGAAAGUGGCUCAGAGCUCCAAGGAGAUCGAGCAGCUCAAAUCCCGCAUCGAGACGGUGAGCAGGGAUCGAGAUACGCAACAGGCGACCAUCCAAAAGGCCAAGAAGGACCUCGCUCUUGUUGAGAAAGCGCAGCAGCAGUUUGAGGAACAAUGGAGACAAAAGCUGCAGAAGCAGGGCAAGGAGCUGAGCGAUGCCGAUCGCAAAGAGUACAACGCCCUGCGGGCCCAGGUCAUGGCCAAGUCGUCUGAGAACCAAGGCCAAUUAGAUGCGUUGACUCGUCAGCUGAAGAGUGACGAGGUCACUGUCAACACUCUCAAGGGCAAAGUUGAGACCUACCAAGCCGCGGUCGAAAAGUACCAGACCGAACUGGACACUCUUAAGGAGCGCAAAGAUAGCGCCCAGGCCGCCGUUCAGCAAACGUCGUCAGAGAUUGACAAGAAGAAAAAGGAGUUCAACCAGCUGCAAUCAGAGCGCAUCCGUGUAAACAAUACUCGCACGGAACUCGAGGAGAAGCUCCAGGAUGUCAAGAAGAAGCUUGACAGUGCACGAGAGGGCAUGCACCAGAGCAACAAAGAGAUGCGGAUCAAGGAGACAGUCUCGGCACUCAAGCGACUCUAUUCUGGCGUGAGAGGCAGAGUUGGCGAGCUAUGCAAGCCCAAGCAAAAGAAAUACGACGAGGCUGUCAUCAACGCCCUUGCCCGAGACUUUGACUCGGUCAUCGUUGACACCGAGAAGGCAGCGGGUGACUGUAUCCAAUACAUCAAAGAUCAGCGCCUGCCGCCAAUGACCUUCAUCCCCCUGGACAACAUCAAGGUGAAUGCCACCAACUCGUCCAUCAAGGGUAUCUCUGGCGCACGCCUCACCAUCGACACCAUCGACUUUGAUGCAUCUCUUGACCGCGCCAUGGCCUACGUCUGUGGUGACUCGGUCGUGUGUGACUCGCUAGAGAUUGCUCGAAACAUCGCCUACGUCAGGAAAUUGCCCGUCAAGGCCGUCACAAUUGAUGGCUUCGUUGUCCACAAGGGUGGUCUGAUGACGGGUGGUCGCCUUCCAGACAACAAGGGCAACAAGAGGAAAUUCGAGGAGCACGAUGUUCAGAACCUCGAGCGCAUGGCGGAGAAGCUCGUCGAGGAUCUGCAGAAACUCCCGCGCACCGACAGGCGGGGUCAGCACGAGGAGACAACCCGAGAAGAGCUCGCAGGCCUCGAGUCGCGGCUACACUUUGCACGUAACGAGAUGCAGGGUUUUGACCAGAACGUCAAGAGCAAAAAGAAGGAGCUGGACAACGCCAAGCGAGAGCUACGCGAGUGGGAGCCGAAGUACAAGGCCGAGUCUAAGAAGCUCGAGAACACGCGCCAAACAGUUGCCAAGUUCAAGCAAGCUAUUGCUCAGGUGGAGGAUAAGAUCUUUGCUGCGUUUUGCAAAAAGCUGGGCUACAGCGACAUUCGCGCAUACGAAGCGCAGCAAGGCAGCCUCGAGCAAGAAGCUACUGAGCAGCGCAACCAGUUCGAGGUACAGAAGCAAAGGCUCAAGAGUACCCUUAAUUGGGAGACCUCGAGGCACAAUGAGACUGCUACUCGAGUAAAGCGAAUGCAAGAUCAGCUCAAGCGGCUGCAGGCUGAUAUCCUGUCCUACCAACAGGACAAGAAGAGCGUUGAAGAGUCCUUGAGCGACGAGCAAGAGAGCCUGGCAGAGCUCCAGGAAUCGCUUGAGCAGCUUCGGGCUGAGCACGCAAAGAAAUCCGAAAAGGUGGCCGAAGCGAAGGCCGAGGUCCAAAAGAGGAGCAAGGACAUUGAUGCUCGCCUGAAGGAAAUCAAUGCUCUUGAAACGGAGGUGCAGAAGAACAGUGCCAGUAAAUUCGCCCUGCUGAGGAGGUGUAAGCUCGAACAGAUCAGCAUUCCUCUGCAACAAGGCUCAUUGGACGAUCUCCCCAACGAAGACGCCAUGCUCCAGCAGGAGACCGAGGCGAUGGAUAUUGAUGAGGGCGACGAUGAGAUCAUGGAGGCCGCCAUGGACGACUAUGGCAUCGAACUGGACUUUGACAGCCUGGAUGAGGAUCUCAAGAACCCCGACGAAGAGAACGUCGAGGAGCGUCUCGAGAACAAGAUCGCGUCCCUCACGGCCGAGCUCGAGAAGCUCAACCCCAACAUGCGCGCCAUCGAGCGCCUCGAGUCGGUCGAGAACCGCCUGCGCUCCACGGAGCAGGACUUCCAGGACUCGCGCACGGCGCUCAAGGAGGCCAAGGACGCCUUCGACCAGGUCAAGGCCAAGCGCUUCGAGCUCUUCAACAAGGCCUUCUCGCACAUCCAGGAGCAGAUCUCGCACGUCUACCGCGACCUCACGCGCUCCGAGAACUACCCGCUCGGCGGCCAGGCCUACCUCGACAUCGAGGAGGACACCGACACCCCUUACCUCUCGGGCAUCAAGUACCACGCCAUGCCCCCGCUCAAGCGCUUCCGCGACAUGGAGCACCUCUCCGGAGGCGAGAAGACCAUGGCCGCGCUGGCGCUGCUCUUCGCCAUCCACAGCUACCAGCCCUCGCCCUUCUUCGUGCUCGACGAGGUCGACGCCGCGCUCGACAACGCCAACGUCGAGAAGAUCAAGAAGUACAUCCGCGAGCACGCCGGCCCGGGCAUGCAGUUCAUCGUCAUCAGUCUCAAGACGGGCCUGUUCCAGGACAGCGAGAGCCUGGUGGGCGUGUAUCGUGACCAAGACGUCAACAGCUCGAGGACCUUGACAUUGGAUCUCCGAAAAACGUGGGAUGCCUGA